AGUUUAGCUGAGCAAAAAAAGCCUCCAGACACCUUAAGAGUCCUGGGCUGGACUGAUACUAGGACUCAGGGCUGUGAGGCAUCUCACCACCACCUGCGCUUAGCAUGAAGCAGUUUUGCCUGAUGCCUUCUGUAGCUCAGCUCCCUGAAACCAACAGCCUCAGGGCACCGACAAGCACCUACCUGCAGGUCCCCGCAGAGCUCGCCCUCUCUGUGCAGGAUAGUGACAGACAAAUGGCAACCCCUGAGCCCCUCUGCCAGCCUCCCCCUCGGUGGCAUCUGGCCCCUGGCAUAGCAACUUACAGAAAUGACCAGGGUAUCAUCAAGGCCUAUAAGAGCGGCCUCACCCUCCAGGGAAACUCUACCAGUCUGGGGAGAUGGAACUUUGUUGGCUCUUUCUUCUUCUCCGUCUCUGCGAUAACCACCAUCGGCUAUGGGAACCUGAGCCCCAGCACUAUGAGUGCUCAGAUCUUCUGCAUCUUCUUUGCCCUCUUUGGGAUUCCUUUGAACCUCAUCCUCCUGAACCGGAUUGGGCAGCUGAUGCUGUCUGGGGUUCAGCGAUGUGCCAAGCGCCUGGGGGAGAAGUUGCACUGGCAGGAGGCAGCAACCAUAUUGACAAGGACCUGUGCGCUGGUGACUGGCUUGUUGCUGUUCCUCCUGCUACCCCCAUUUCUGUUCUCUGUGAUAGAAGGCUGGACCUAUGAAGAAGGAUUCUACUAUUCCUUCAUUACCCUCAGCACAAUAGGCUUUGGAGAUUAUGUGAUUGGGAUGAACCCAGACCUCACCUACCCUUGCUGGUACAAGAACCUGGUAUCUGUGUGGAUCCUCUUUGGGAUGGCCUGGCUGGCCCUGGUCAUCAACCUGUGCAUCACCUUGCUAGAGAACUCUAGUGACCUCUGCCAGUGCGGCAAGAAGAAGAGCAAAGAGCUGGAGCAGGAGUUAAUGGACGGCAACAAGAAUAGCAGCCCAAGGCCUGAUGACGUGGAGAGCUGCAGCAGCAAGGACACAAAACCUGAAGAUUCACAAACUGAAUGGUGCGCACAGAGCUUGUCUGAGACAAUGUGAACUUUGCAGAAGGAACAUCUGAUGGGCUAGUCCUCUUUGGUGUGCCAGGAGUUGUAGCACUGUUAUGCUUAGAAUGCUUGUCGUUGAGUUCAGCCAGACAGCAGAAUUGAGUUUGGGGAGACUCUGCUGUGAAUCAAAUGAUAGAAACAAAAUGUUGCCUUUUCAUAUUUUGAGAGCUGGAAGGGAAAACCAAAAGCACUUUUUAGUGCCAGUGGCUCCAGGGCGUAAUUCCAUCCCAAUGAUUACAAAGUCUUCUUUUGAUCUGGACACAGACUGAAUUGUAAAUAGUUUGAUAAAUGGGAAAAUCUGAAAAAGAAAAUUGUUGAGAGAUUCUCAUGGCAUAAAGACCACAGUGGUCUUUGUGUUCCUAUUAGCCUCCUGGCAUGUGCACUAGUACCUCCAGAUGGAUGGAAUGCUAGAACUGCUCAUGUGGCAUUCUGUCAAGCUCAUGAGACUGAUCAAGGGGUUUCCUGUUGAAAUAACUCCCCAGAAAUCCUUUGUGCUGCUUUAAAAGAGCUUAUGGAUUCUAGUGCCUGAUACCCUUCGGAUACACAUUCCCAGUCUUCUCAUUCAGUGUUUCCUGCUGUGCUACCAGCAUCCAAAAUCAUUCAUUCUGAAAAUUUAGGUCAGGUUUGAGAUUUUGGAUGAGUCACCCACUGUCUGCAUGGGACCCAUGUUCAAGAAAAGCAACAGGCAGAAGAGAAUGUGGUGGAUGCAAAAGGUAGUCUUUUGAGGUAGAGGGUUCAGCAUUUAGAAAUAUAGAGGGCCAGGAGCAUGACAAUACAGUCACUUGAGUUGUUCACAGUCUCCCAGGGUCAAAGGUCCUGGAAUGCUUCCAAAAAGGGGAAGCCAUGCUGUCAAGCGAUUAAAAAAAUUAAUUGUGAUUAAUCAUGCGAUUAAAAAAAUUAAUUGGGAUUAACGCGCUGUUAAACAGUAAAUAGAAUACUAUUUAUAUAAAUAUUUUUUGAUAUUUUCCACAUUUUGAAAUAUAUUGAUUUCAGUUACAACACAGAAUACAAAGUGUACGGUGCUCACUUUAUAUUAUUUUUAUUUAUUUUAUUAUAAAAGCAAUAUAUUUGAAAAUGUAGAAAACCAUCCAAAAUAUUUAAUACAUUUCAAUUGGUAUUCUGUUGUUUAACAGUGUGAUUAAAACUGCAAUUAAUCACGAGUAAUGUUUUUUAUCGUGAGUAAUUUUUUUGAGUUAAUCAUGUGAGUUAACUGCGAUUAAUUGACAGCCCUAGUGGAAACCUGGGCAAAUUGCUAAGGAUGACUACAAAAGAAUAGUAGAAGUAUGCAGGGACAAAAUCAGGCUAAGGCACAAAAUGAGAUACACCUAGAAAGGAACAUAAAAGGCUAUAAGAAACGGUUCUGUAAAUACAUUGAAGAAGCCAGAGACAGACGAAGGAAAGUGAAGGUUCACUACUUAGCAUGGAAGGAGAACUAAUAACGAAUGUCAGCAAUAAAGCUGGGGUAUUUAAUGCCUAUUUUGCUUCGCUCUUCACUAAAAAGCUUAAUUAUCACCAAAUGGUUAACACAAUACUAACAAGGGAGAAGGAACACAAGCUAAAAUAGGGAAAGAACAGGUUAAAGUAUAUUUAGAUAAGUUAGAUGUAUUCAGGUCAGGAAUACCUGAUGAAAUUCACCCUAGGGUACUUAAGGAAAUCACUGAUGCCAUCUGGGAACCGUUAUUAUCCUUGAGAACUCCUGGAGGACAGGUGAGGUCCCAGAGGACUGGAGAAGGGAAACAUAGUACCUAUCCUUAUAAAGGGGAACAAAGAGGAUGUGAGGAAUUCUAGACUGGUCAGCCUAACUUUGAUACCUGGAAAGAUACUGGAACAAAUUAAACAAUCAAUUUGUAAACACCUAGAGAAUAUUAGAAGAAUAAGUAAUAGCCAACAUGGAUUUGUCAAGAACAAAUCAUACCAAACCAACCUAAUUUCCUUCUUCGGCCGGGUUACUGACCUAGUGGAUGUGGCGGAAGCUGGAGAUAUGAUAUAUCUUGAUAUUAGUAAGGUUUUUGAUACACUCCCACAUGCAAAUCUCAUAAGCAAACUAGGGAAAUGUGGUCUAGAUGAAAUUACUAUAAAUUGGGUCCAAAACUGGAUGACAGACUGCACUCAAAGAGUGCUAUCAAACUGAACUAAUGUAUCUAAUAGGGCUCUCAGGGGUCCGUAUUGGGUCUGGUGUUAGUCAAUCUUUUCAUUAAUGACUUGGAUAAUGGAAUGGAGUUUCUGCUUAUAAAAUCUUUGGGUGACACAAAGUUCGGAGGGAUUGCAAGCACUUUGGAGGACAGAAUUAGAAUUCAAAAUGACCUUGACAAAUUGGAGAAUUGGUCUGAAAUCAACAAGAUGAAGUUCAAUACAAACAAAUGCAAAGUACUACACUUAGGAAUGAAAAAUUAAGUGCACAAAUACAAAAUGGGGAAUAAAUGGGUAGGCAGUAGUACAGCUGAAAAGCAUCUGGGGGUUAUAGUGGAUCACAAGUUGAAUGAGUCAACCAUGUGAUGCAGUUGAAAAAAGGCUAACAUUAUUUUGGAGUGAGUAAAAGGAAGUGUCUUAUGUAAGACAUGGGAAGUAAUUGUACCACUCUACUUGGCACUGUUGAGGUCUGACCUAAAGAACUAUGACCAGUUCUUGGCACCACACUUUAAAAAAGAUGCAGACAAAUUGGAGAGAGUCCAGAAGAUAAUGAAGAAAUAAUAAACGGCUUAGAAAACCUGACAUAUGAGGAAACAGUCUUAAAAUAUUGUUAAAGGUUGUUCUAAAGAGGACAAUGAUCAAUUAUUCUCUAUGUCCACUGAAGAUAGGAUAAGAAGUAAUGGGCUUAAUCUGCAGCAAGGGAGAUUUAGGUUAGAUAUUAGGAAAUACUUUUUAACUAUAAGGGUAAUUAAGCUCUGGAAUAGACUUCCAAGGGAGGUUGUGGAAUUCCCAUCACUGGAGGGUCUAAGAACAGGUUAGACAAACACCUGUCAGGGAUAGUCUAAAUUAUACUUGGUUCUGCCUCAGCACAGGGGACUAGAUGACAUCUCAAGGUCCCUUUCUGUUAUUCUGAGUGUCAGAAUAGACAGCUUUACAGUAAGACAGUCAGGAGUGCUGGUAUGUGAUGGCACCAGUGUCAUGAGGAACUUCAGGAAAGGAAUCCUUUAGGCUGAACUUGGAUUGUUUGGCAGAAGGUUGAUGUCCAGAGAUUCCAUGGCAAUGUUCUCUGACGUACUAUUUCAACAGGCCGGAGUAUCAAGACAGGGGACUAUAAGAAACCUCAAUGUAUAGUUGGGAAUCUGGUGUUGACUGAGUGGGUUCGAAUUGAUUGGACACUGGCUAAAUAUAUGGCAGCUUUUGAAGCUGUCUGUCUGA